CGAGGAGUGUGAGCCGGAGACCGUGAGAAGCCGAGCCGUGCGGACACAGAACACCCCAGCACCAGCAUUAUUAACAUGUUUCCAUCUCUGUGGCAUGACCGCGCACCUAGGCCCAGCCCUAGUGCUGGGGGUAGCACUGUGCCUGGUGUAUGGCUGGCCCUUCUUGAAGGCUCCUGAGCGCCCUUUCUCUGUGCUGUGGAAUGUUCCCUCAGUACGCUGUAAGACCCGCUUUGGUGUACGCCUCCCACUCAAGGCCCUGGACAUCAUAGCAAACCACGGCCAACAUCUCCAUGGCCAGAAUAUCACCAUCUUCUACAAAAACCAGCUUGGCCUCUAUCCUUACCUUGGGCCCAAGGGCAUAGCUUACAAUGGGGGUAUCCCCCAGGCUGUGCCCCUACACCGCCACCUGGCACGAGCUGCCUACCAGAUCAACCACAGCCUGGCAUUCAACUUCUCUGGCCUGGCAGUGCUGGACUGGGAGGAGUGGUAUCCACUGUGGACUGGAAACUGGGGUCACCACCGCCGAGCCUACCAGACCGCCUCGUGGACUUGGGCGCAGCAGGUGUUCCCUGAUCUCAACCCUCAGCAACAGCUCCACAAAGCUCAUGCUGGCUUUGAGCAGGCAGCCCGGGCCCUGAUGGAAGAUACCCUCCAGCUGGGCAAGGCACUGCGGCCCCAUGGCCUCUGGGGUUUCUAUCACUACCCAGACUGUGGCAACGGCUGGCACAAUAUGGCUUCUAACUACACCGGCCACUGUCGUGCAGCUACUCUUGCCCAAAACAACCAACUGCAUUGGUUAUGGGCCGCCUCCAGUGCUCUCUUCCCCAGCAUCUACCUCCCACCCAGGCUGCCACCUGCCCACCACCAAGCCUUUGUUCGAUACCGCUUGGAAGAGGCUUUCCGUGUAGCCCUGGCUGGGCACAUACACCCUCUACCUGUCCUGGCCUAUACCCGCCUCACGUAUCAGAACUCUGGGAGGUUCCUGUCUCAGAAUGACCUGGUGCAGACCAUUGGUGUGAGUGCAGCACUAGGGACAGCCGGUGUGGUGCUCUGGGGGGACCUGAGUUUCUCCAGCUCUGAGGAUGCAUGUUGGCGUCUCCAUGACUACCUGGUGGGCACCCUAGGCCCCUAUGUGACCAGUGUGACCAAGGCGGCUAUGGCCUGCAGUCACCAGCGGUGCCACGGCCAUGGCCGCUGUGUCCGGCGAGAUCCAGGGCAAAGGGAAGUCUUUCUGCACCUGCAGCCAAAUGGCAGCCUUGGAACUUGGGAGUCCUUCAGCUGCCGCUGUUACUGGGGCUGGACGGGACCUACUUGCCAGAAACCUAAGCCUGGACCGAAAGAAGCUACAUAAAAGCCCAGGGACCCCUCCCUCCCUGCCCAGCUCUUCUCUGCUGUUGCCCUCCCAGCCCUGGGAGAAAUCCCCUUUUUGUUCCGCUACAACACCCACUUCCUCCCUACUGCCCUUGGGAUCCCUGGUGGGAAAGCGGGGGAGGGAGGGGAGGGGGGGACGCAGGGGCUCUCUCAGGUCCAAAGAGAAUCAGUGUUCCAGCAAACUAGGGUUGGCAGCCCUACACUUCACUGGAUCCACACAGAAGUCACAGGAAACCCAUGCAGGGGCAGUGGGGCUUGAGGCAGAGCUGAGUUCCCGUCUAUUAAGUGCUAAACCGUUGUCUAUAUUCUGCUUUCAUUAUAAA